AUGCUGCCAACGCUGCAAGUUCGCGAGGAUGCUGUGCGAGGCCGCGGACUGUUUGCCACAAGUCCCAUCGAGGCAGACACAGUCGUGCUUCGUGAUGAACCUAUCGCCGUGGCUUCCAUGGACGCGCCGAGAAUGACGUGUGAGGUAUGCAAACGGUUUGUCGGGUCGAUCCAGCUCCACCUGCAUGUAUUAGCCGAACACGUCAAGCCGGCGGUCGAGGAGACCGAUCCAGCGAAGCCGUCGUCUGCCAUCACACUGCUUCCAACCAUGGAGGACGAGCCUUCCUUACCGAACCUCCCAUCUCCAGUUGUGCAUGCCUACGUCACGCAGUACCCUACUGCCGCCACACCUUCCAUCGUGUGCUCACAGACCUGCAGCGACGUCGUACAUGCCCAAGCUAAGCACAUCUUCGGACCUUCGUUGGUCGAAUCCAUCGCGGAAGCGGCGUCGCCAUGGGUCGACUCGGACCACAUGAUCCUAGUGGCUGCACUCAUGGCCACCGUACUCCAUCGCAUCUCCCGCCAAUCCAAACUAGAUUGGGACGAUGCUGUUCGCGACAUCCUCCACUUGUGUGUGGCUCCUCCAACCACGUCCAAGACCUUCCAGCAUGGAAAUCUAAAGCAAAGCGCGUUCCGCGCCGUCCUCGCGGCGUUUGAACCCACGACGCCCACUCGAUCCCACGACUACUUUAAAGCGCACAUGACACUGGACAUGUGCCAGCACUUCGUGGCCAUCGUCCAAGCCAACGCCGUGGGCGUCCAAGUGCCAUCUCCGCUUUCUCGGUACUUCGCCUCUUGUGAAGACAAUCCAGCGACCAAACAGACACUCGUGAUGCACGCGUCGACAUUGGUGGAAGCCGCACUUCAAGUGCUUUGUGAAGAUGAUCAAGAUCAUAGCGAUGACGACGAAGAACAAGGUAGCAGUGGUGACGAAAGUGCAGGUGACGAAACGACAGACCAGGUCGAUGGCUCGGAGGAAGACGGUGAAACGAUUCAGUUCGAGUGGUGUCGAGGGGAUGUUGCAACUUCGACCAACGGGCCGCUAAGGUUUUCAUCCAGCGCCCUGCCCGACCUCGGUGGUCUGGCGCUGUUUCCCCGCUUUUCCAUGCUCAACCACUCGUGCGACCCGUCAGGUGCCCUCGCGUACCUUGGAGACUCUCCGCAGAUCUCGGUCUUCGCCCUAAAAGCGUUGGCGCCAGGAGAUGAGGUCACGAUAGCCUACAUCGAUACCAAUAUGUCCUUUGAAUCACGGCAAGCCGAGCUCCAAGCUCGAUAUGGGUUUACAUGCACAUGCAGUCGAUGUGCUCUCGACAACAUGCACAGGACCAAUAAAAAAAAUGCCAAGACAUCCAAGCCAAAACGACAGCGAGUAGCCUAGCUUGGGCAAUACUUUAUACUACACCAUUUUGCAGUUAAGU